CGACUGAGCGCAAUCACUGUAACAACUGCUGAAGACAUCGGCAUGUGGCUAAUGGUACCUCAUUGGUCAGCCUCAUGACCAUGCACGUGGCCCACCCUCACCUGAGGUGAAGUGAAGUGUCUUUGGACCUCCAACAUUCAGGGAUACUCAGCUCAGCUUAAUCAACACUAUUUCCAGCCAACAAAUGCGACCAAAGCGCAAGGCUAUCAAAGAAAGAGCCUCCAGCAGCUCAAUAUCUCAAACCUUGCGUGUUUGUUCCCACCAGCCUUUACUAAUUUAACCUCAUCGCCCUCACAGGGAGUCAUUUGCUCUCAAAAACAUCUACAAACAUCCCUGUCAAGAUAACCGAAUCAGUAGAAAUGGUUCGAAUUCCGCGCGACGGCGCGCCUUCAGAAGCGAAUCGCUCAGAAGCAUCUGAUGCGGAUGCUGAGAGAGGGCGGCUACUAUCUGCAAAUGAUGAAGAAGCCGAAGAGAGCUAUGCGGACGCAGAGCGACUUGAGAACUGGCAUACAGAGCACAAGCGUCGAGAGACUCGACGAUGGAGCUACCUUGUCAUGGUAAUCAGCACAAUUGCAUUAAUCACAGUUCUCGCUAUUUGGGUUCACAACAACACACUGUCAUCGGGAUGUGAUUAUGACGGAAGCUGCAAUGACAUUUCCAAGCUCUGGGGACAAUAUUCUUCCUUCUUCUCUGUCCCAUCAGAGAUUGAUUCGUCAACACCGGAUGAUUGCGAGGUGACCAUAGGAAUUGCCCUGUCUCGCCAUGGAGCUCGAUAUCCAACCGCUGGCAAGACUACAGCAUACAGCGCCACCAUUGCUCGCCUCCAGAAAUCAGUAACCAAUUAUGGCAAGGGCUACGAAUGGCUUAAGGACUACGAAUACAACCUCGGAUCUGAGGACCUGACCGAUUUUGGUCAAGACCAGAUGAUUGAUUCUGGAAAGGCUUUUUAUGAGCGAUACAUAGGACUCGCUGAAAAGACGGAGCCUUUCAUCAGGGCAUCAGGAUCCGACAGAGUUAUCAUGUCGUCUCACAACUUCACACAAGGUUUCUAUGCCUCUCGAGGAGAGUCUGGAGAUGACUACACCGAUGGCAUUCUUGUAAUUCCCGAGGAGCCUGGUAUCAACAACACACUGUCACAUGGAACAUGUAGCUCGUUCGAGGACAACGAUGAGAUAGGUGAUAACAGUGCGCAGACUGCCUGGGGAAACAAAUUCCUGCCUUCUAUUCGGGAUAGACUGAACAGGAAUCUGCACAAAGCCAAAUUGUCGUUACAGGAGACGAUCUAUCUCAUGGAUCUGUGCCCUUUCAACACAGUCAACACUCCUGAUGGUAUAGGACAAUCCCGUUUCUGCGACCUUUUCUCCACAGAAGAUUGGCGAAGCUACGAUUACUACAUGACUCUAGGCAAAUAUUACGAAUAUGGUAAUGGCAACACAAUGGGACCGACACAGGGCGUAGGAUACGUCAACGAGCUUGUUUCUCGAUUGACGAGGAAGCCUGUUAAUGACCACACCACAACCAAUCGCACGUUGGACGCCAAUCCUGAGACAUUUCCCCUGGACAGGGCGUUAUAUGCAGACUUUAGCCACGACAACACUAUGGUGUCUAUUUUCUCAGCAAUGGGUCUGUACAACUCGACAAGCAGGCUACCGAAACACCAUAUCAUACCAGCUAUCCGAGCACAUGGCUACUCAUCGGCAUGGGUAGUCCCCUUUGCUGCGCGAAUGUACGUAGAGAAGCUCGAGUGCGGCGCUUCAAAUGAAGAGGAGGGGGAAGAAUACGUGAGGGUGGUGAUAAAUGACAGAGUUAUGGAAAUGGAGAGCUGUGGGGGGGAUGAGUAUGGACGAUGUAAGUUGGAAGAUUUCGUGGAGAGCUUGUCGUUCGCGAGGCAGGGAGGGCAUUGGAAUAAGUGCGGUGUCAAGUGAUGAACCCCCAGGACGAGUUGGAUAUACAGAGCGGUUAAUUGCAUGUUUUUUGCUAUUCGAAGAGGCUAGUAGUCGUUGUAAUGAACUGAAAUAGACUCGAAUGCAAGGGAGUGGAUUUGCUCGGGUGAGGAAUACGAGGGGUGGAAUAAGAUGCUAUCGUAACUAUUUAAUGAGAUAGGAGGAAGCUAUGAGUGCGACUCGCCAGAGCAAAUAAAUCUUUUUCACGAUGCUUAAUCUUGGC